UACCUAUUCUCGAUGAAAUGGUGGACACGGUAAUGUCUAGAGACUCUGAUAGUCGAAUCAUACCUCGUGAAGAGGAUGCCGUUCGUGAAUGGUUGGCCAGUGACCGGAUUUACCAUAUUAUGAGAGACCACCCGAAUCACUGUACUAGUUUUAUUCUAGCAGGUAUGUGGGGAGUCAAACUCAGCCAAGAUCGUCCACAAAUCGCGGGUUUGUUCCAGAAGAUUUUAAACAUGGAACAUGAGGAUUACUACGGUUACGAUCAAACAUUUUUGAAGGACUACAUUUGGCCUAUUGCGCAAACCAACAUGGUGUCUCAUGACAGUUACUGCUGUGGAAAUUUUCCGUUCAGUCGGCCGUACCCUUACGGAAAAAUCUCAUUAAAACUCAUAAAGAAAUACAUGAGAAUAACCUUAAUUCUCAUUCAUUUUGUCGUGAUAUUUUGGUGA